AUGGCUGCCACCCAGCAGCUGCCCAUGCAGUCGCGCACCGGCCGGAGCAACCAGCGCUACGGCUCCCAAGGAGAGCGACUUGUCGCUGGAAUUGUCCCCCUCUCAGCCGACAAAUACUACGUGCUCCUCAUCCAGUCGGCUCGCCGCGGCGGCUGGGUGCUCCCCAAGGGCGGCUGGGAGACCGACGAAGCAACCGCCCAAGAUGCCGCCAAGCGAGAGGCCUGGGAAGAAGCCGGCAUCAUCUGCAAAAUCUCCUACGACCUCGGCCUCAUCCCCGAGAGUAGGCGGCCGGAGCAGCUCACGGCGCAGGCCCCGAAAGCCGCCUACCACUUCUUUGAGGCCAUCGUCGAGAAGCAAGAAGCGCAGUGGCCCGAGAUGAACAAGCGCUCGAGACAGUGGAUGACAUACACGCAAGCCAGAACGGCGUUAGCGGAUCGACCGGAGUUGCUUGCCGCUCUGGAUCGAUGUACCAUGCAUCGUUAG